AUGUCGAAAGGUUCGAGACCGAGAAACAGCAUUUUGUUACUACUGAUUGUUCUUUUCACGUUGGCUUUUUCUUCCUCUUCGGUUGAAGCCACCAUCUCGUACGACGAUAAAGCUUUCAUCAUCCAUGGACAAAGGAAAAUUCUCAUUUCGGGUUCUAUUCACUACCCGAGAAGCACUCCCGAUAUGUGGCCCGAUCUCAUGAAGAAGGCUAAAGAUGGAGGUUUGGAUGUUAUACAAACUUACGUGUUCUGGAACGGGCACGAGCCGUCUCGUGGCAAAUAUAAUUUUGAGGGGCGGUUUGAUCUCGUCAAGUUCAUCAAACUCGCGCAGAAGGCCGGGCUUUACGUUCACCUACGCAUUGGGCCAUACGCUUGUGCUGAGUGGAACUUUGGGGGAUUCCCUGUUUGGUUGAAAUAUAUACCGGGAAUGGAAUUCCGAACAGACAACAAGCCUUUCAAGAUGGAAAUGCAAAGAUUCGUAACGAAAAUCGUGAACAUGAUGAAGGCAGAGAAGUUAUUUGAGCCCCAGGGAGGACCGAUUAUUAUGUCGCAGAUUGAAAAUGAGUAUGGACCAGUGGAGUGGGAAAUAGGUGCUCCCGGUAAAGCUUAUUCAGCUUGGGCUGCAAAAAUGGCUGUCGGAUUAAAUACCAGUGUUCCGUGGAUCAUGUGCAAACAAGAAACGGCUCCUGAUCCAAUGAUAGAUGCAUGCAACGGUUUCUAUUGCGAGAAGUACACUCCAAACAGGCCUUACAAACCGAAAAUGUGGACUGAAGUGUGGUCUGGCUGGUAUACGCAGCUCGGUGGCCCGAAUCCCUACAGACCAGCUGAAGACUUGGCCUUUUUGGUUGCUAAGUUCGUCCAAAAUAACGGGUCGUUCUUCAAUUAUUACAUGUAUCACGGAGGAACGAACUUUGAUCGAACAUCGGGUCGUUUUGUAACCACCAGCUACGACUUUGAUGCUCCACUUGACGAAUAUGGACUCCCGAACGAGCCAAAAUGGGGGCACCUAACGGAGUUGCACAAAGUAAUUAAGCAAUGUGAGCCGGCCUUAGUUUCUUCGUACCCCACAGUAACUUGGCCCGGUAAAAACCAAGAGAUUCACGUUUUCAAGUCAAAAUCGGGAGCUUGUGCAGCGUUUCUUACAAACAACGACCCCAAAUAUCCCACGAAUUUGACCUUAUGGAAUGUGCAGUAUACUCUGCCUCCUUGGUCGAUCAGCAUUUUGCCUGACUGUAAAACCGAAGCCUUUAACACAGCCAAAAUUAGCUACAAAGGGUCGAAGCCUGAGAUGAUAGCGGUGAGCAGCGAAUUUUCUUGGCAAUCGUAUAACGAAUACGCUCCCUCGGCUGGCGAAAAGGACACAAAUGGCAUGCAAAGAUUGUUGGAGCAACUAUACGUUACUCGGGACACCUCGGAUUAUAUGUGGUACCUUACGCAAGUCGACAUAGCUCCUGAUGAGGGAUUCUUGAAAACCAAGAAAUGGCCUCUUUUGACAGUGAUGUCUGCAGGACAUGCCCUGCAUGUGUUUAUUAACGGCCAAUUAUCCGGAACCGUGUACGGGAGCCUGGAUAAUCCGAAACUAACAUUUAGCGGCAAUGUGAACUUAAAAGCCGGGGUUAAUAAAAUCUCGCUACUUAGUGUUUCUAAUGUCGGCGUGCACUAUGAGAGUUGGAAUAUCGGAGUUCUUGGUCCUGUCUCUCUAAACGGGCUCAAUGAGGGCGCACGAGACUUGACAAAACAGAGCUGGUCAUACAAGAUUGGAGUGAAAGGCGAAUCACUCAACCUCUAUACGGGCACGGGAGGUUCCUCAAUCGAAUGGGUCGGAGAAUCCCAGUUGGCGAAAAAACAGCCUCUAACUUGGUACAAGACGACAUUUGAUGCGCCUCCCGGGAGCGACCCGCUUGCCCUAGAUAUGUCGAGCAUGGGAAAAGGCGAAAUGUGGAUAAACGGCAAUGGGAUAGGCCGGCACUGGCCGGGGUACAUGGCGAAAGGCAAGUGCAGUGAAUGUGAUUACGGUGGCACAUUCUAUGAGACCAAAUGCCUAAGGGGCUGCGAACAACCGUCUCAAAGAUGGUAUCAUGUCCCACGCUCGUGGCUCAAACCCACCGGGAACGUGUUGGUCGUGUUCGAGGAAUGGGGUGGCGACCCGACCGGGAUGUCAGUUGUCCAAAGGACUGCUAAUAGGAGUGUGCAAAGAACUUCAUCUGCUUGA